AAAGAGAGGGUGAAGCUCUCCGCCCUGAACAAAGUUAAAGAGAGAGAAAAGAGGAGAGGAAUCAGAAGUCGAGAGCAGGAAGAAGUGAUUAAAAGAGGAAGUUUGAAGUGUUUUUAAAAAGAACAAGAAAAAGAAGAAACAGAAACAGAAGUGAAGAGGAGAGGAGGAGGAGAAGAGAAAGACGAGGGGGAGAGGAAGAGAAGAGAACAGGAGAAAAUAAAGAGGAGAAAAAGAAGAGGAACAGAAGUGAAGAGGAGAGGAGGAGGAGAAAAGAAAGAGGUGAAGUUACAGAGUGGUGAUGGACGAGGACAUCAGGAAACAGGGGAUUCUUUAUCUCCAGCAGCAGAGGUUUGGAAAGAAGUGGAAGCGUGUGUGGAGCGCCCUCUACAGGGACAGUCCUUGUUCCAUCUCCAGACUCGAGUUCUUUGACUGUAAAGAUGGAGGAGUCGAGAAAAGUCUGCGCAAACAACAGGAACACAAGAAGGUGAUUCGUCUGUCAGACUGUAUCCGGGUAUCGGAGGUGGAAGUGGACGGAUGUCCCAGAGACACUGGACCGUUCCUGGUGGAGACAACAGAAAAGAUUUACGUUUUUGCUGCAGAAAGAAACCAGGUGGACGACUGGACACACAAACUGUGUGAGAUAGCCUUCCCUAUGAGCUGGACAGAGCACAGCGUGAAGCGAGGCAGCAUGCAGAGAGGAACCAGGGUGGAGGAAGACGAGGGGAUGGAGGACAACUCUUUGUACAGCGGCAGACAAACAGUGCGUGACUUCAGAGUGUGUGUGCGGAGGACGGAGGCCUCGGAUCACUGCAGACUGAAGGGAGACGUAGUCCUGCGAGUGGACAUGGACGCUCUUCACCUGCUCAACAAGACAGGAGACGUCAUGUUUACAUGGCCGUACAAAUUCCUGAGACGCUUUGGACGAGACAAGUCGACCUUCUCCUUUGAAGCGGGGCGGAGGUGUGCGUCCGGCGAGGGCAGUUUCGAGUUUGACACCAAACAGGGCAACUUCCUGUUUCAGGUGGUCGAAUCGGCCAUCCAACUGCGGAGGACUGCCCCCCCCCACAGACAGACUUCUGGGGGGGGGCAGCUGAGUCCAGAGACCCCCCACAACCUCAACCUGCCCCCCCCACCCCAGAGCAGGACGCUGCUGCUGCCACCUCAACCCCGCAUUCAUAUCCCACAACCCCCUGCGGCUCAGGCUGAGGACGCUGUGUACAGCACAGUGACGGAGCAUCAUCUCAUGAGUCAUCACAAAGAGAGCUCCACCCCUUCACUGCAACAGCAGCGCCCCCAGCUGUGUCGUCUGGAGCCUCCUGUCGACAAAGUCCUGACCGGCGUGAAGAGUUUGUCUCUAGACACUCGCGGUCUCCCCGUCCCCCGAAAGAACCAGGUCAAGAUGAUCUCCAGCUGCCCUCUGCCCCACGCCGAGCCCAGCCCCCCCCUAGGCUCCACCCCCUCCCACGACUCCAGUCAGAGCCCUAAACUGAGCUCCAAUCCCAAACCGGAACAGACCUACGCCCAGAUCACACAGCCCGCCCCCAGAGAGCGAGGCUCCAAGAGGGAGAGAAGGGAGGGAGGAGGCAGCCUGGCUCCGCCCUGUAACCUCCCUCAAAUCAACCCGGAGCCAGAGUACUCCCUCCCCUUCGACACCAUCGCCAAGAACAUCAUGGUGGACAUCCUGAGCUCCCAUCAGGCUCUUGUGUCUGAGUCCGGCGCUGACCCGCUUUAUGACAGCAUCGACGAGAUAAAGAUCAGAAACAUCUUCCAUAGCAAAGACGACGCCCCCGAACCAACGCACAGGAAGGUAGAUCACAUCUACGACGAGCCUGAGGGCUGCGCCGUCGCCACCGAUGCCACCGGAGGGCAGAAAUCCACUGUCCCUACCGCAGUGUACGAUGACCCCGAGGAGAUGAGAGGAGAUGCCUGGAGGAACAUGGGUACAGCUGAUGACCCCAAAGGUCACGAGUACCCGUACGAUCCCCGGGUGGAUGACUACGCCGUGCCCAAACGACCCAAGAGGGCAUUUCCUGUCACACAAGACACCAACAAAGAAGAAGAAGAAGACGAGGGACGUGAGCAGGAGGAGGAGGAGCAGCGAGACUCACAGUACACCAACAUCAUGGUGAAGAUGUAGAGACUUCAUCAUCACGCGUCCGAUCAAUUCUUCAGGGUUGGACUGGUUUCCGUUUCAUGUUGCAGAUUUUUACCUUGAAUUAUUUCAGUUAAUGUAACGAGCAGUUGUCUCACCUCACUGCCCCCUGUCGACUGAAACUGGUGAUGAUGUGAUGCUGCAGCAGAGACCAAUUAACUAAUAACCAGACUAACAACUUUAAUUCAUUAUUUGUAUCCACAGGCAGAGGUGGGAAGUAACAGAGUACAAAUACUUUGUUACUGUUUAUUUUAAAAUUGAUUUUCCUGACGACUUUUUACUUUUACUCUACAUUUGAACACAAAUAUCUGUACUUUCUACUCCUUGCAUUCUCAUAACCUGGGGAGAGGCACAGGUACCAGCACUGUGCAGCUUGUCAACAAACUCGUUUUGCAGAGUUAUCAAAAGAGGCAUCGUGUAUCAUUGAAGUUCAAAUUCUUUUUUACUUUUGUACUUAAGUACAUUUCAGACCCUGUACUUUCUUACUUUUACUUGGGUAAAGGAGAUGAAUCAGUACUUCUACUUUUACCAGAGUCUUUUUUUACACAAGUAUAUGUACUUUUACUUAAGUAAAGAAUGUGAGUACUUUUGCCACCUCUGUCCACAGGUUGAUCGCUCAUCUUCACACAAAUACAACGAUCAAUAUCUGAAACAAGAAAGAAAUAAGAAACCAAACUCAAACCGAACUGUUUGAUUCAUUAUCAGCAGUGAAUUCAUAAUUAAACGUUAUAUCUCAGCUCUGCAGCAGGGAGAGAUUCAUCCUGCAGGGGGCAGCACAACAUUUGCUUAGUAGUUUUUGCACAUUGUUAAUUGUAUUGAAACUCUACUCACAGGCCAAAUGAGACUCAACACUUGGAACUAAGUCUCUCACUUCUAUGUCAAAUAAAACUCUGCAUCAAAAUCCAACGACCCUUUUUCAAAUGGCAUUUGUGCAAAAAAUAAAAAUCACAAACACCAUUUGAAUCAAAGCAGCAACAACACACUGACGCACUUUAUACAAAACACUGCUGUGUUUUCUCAGGCGCCUGUGACAGAUUGUCACAGUAAAUCUACUCAAUUUCAAUCAACACAAAUAAUCCUUACGUCUGAUUGUCGUGUUUGCGUCCACAUCACAAGCAAUAUGGCGAGGCCCUGCUGCAUCCAACCCUGGACCGACCCCACCUCUCCACAUGCCUCUUCCUUUGUUCGCACACCUUUCUGCACCAGGCUGAAAGAGUUCCUAUUAGAUUGAGAAAUGGGGAGUAAGGGGGUGAGUAUAUAACUUGGAAGUUAUUGUGGUUUGUGACCUGGUCCCAGACCAGAGCUGCCUGGUGGAAAGCGACAUCCCUGAUGACGACAAACUGCACUGCUGCGUCCUGUAGUGCAUCAAGAAAUGUGAUCUCACGCUGUAUUGUAGGGACCGAGGGUGUCAUGGUGAUGGAGCCGUCUUGCAGACUUAUGAUGAUGCACACGGUGAUAUUUCCUCCACGCCGGACAGAGACGUCCACAAUGGCCCUGUCGUCCUCCUCCCCUCUCUCCUCCUCUCUCUCCUCCUCUCGCUCCUCCUCUCGCUCCUCCUCUCGCUCCCACUGCCUCCAUGUUUGCAAAGUUCUCACUAAAGAGGUGAUGUCAACUGAGGCCUGUUUGUAGAGCUAAGGCUCCGACUGGUGUUCAAUAAGGUUAUGAAGUGUUUCUGUGUGUGUGUCAUUUUGAAAUGAAAUGUUUUCUCCUUUUUGAAUGUAGUAACUAAUAUAAGAAAGUGUGUGAAGUGUGUUGCAGAAUUACAAUCAAAGUUCAAAGCAGAAAAUGUGUUUGUACUUUGGUGCCUUUGUUUAAGGAAUUGUAGCAAAAAGUGAAGGUUUUAAGCUUUUAUGUGUGAGCAAUGGUAACGACUGCCGAGGAACACUGAUCUUAUCAAUGUUUGUGAUUCAAUGAUUUUGUGAGAGAAAUGUGAGAUGUCAAAUUCUCUUCCUUUAAAUGAAUCAGAUUCAUUUUCGUCAGUUGUUUUAAAUCAGAGUUGUGGACCUUUUGUUUAAUCUCUCGUAUGAGUAUCUUCAUUCCUGUAACAUGUAAAGAGAAUAUGAAUAAAUUCAUAUUCUAUUAGCAGCUCAUGUAAACAUCACAAUGCAAAUAAUGUCCAUUAUCAUGUAUUCUACAUAAUGUCUGUGAUGUAGAGAUGUACAAGUAGAGGGCGACACAGACACAGAUUUCACUCCUUCAUGUUCUCCUGUCGUCACUUUUUCAUAAAGUCUGUAAAAACUGUU